AAAUUGUUCACUCGCACGCGAGAAUCCCGGCCACGCGAUAGUCGCGCGGGAAGCGUAUCCGUUGCGCGAUAUUGCGAACGUCAUCUCCGUUUCCGCAGCCACGGAGGUUCGAAUCGGGGUCGGUACUCCCCCCCUCCCUCCUUCCCCUCUCCAAUAUACUUCCCAAAAGGGUGACCGUUGUACGCGAAACUCGCGCGACGUAACGCGAACGGGGGUGCUGUCACUCUGCUGAGCGUGACAGUUUCUAAUCCUCCUCGGUGGUCGACCUUGGACGAAGAAUCGCAGACAGGGAGAACCGAACAUCGCGUUGACAACGUGGAGAUCCUUGAAUCGGUCGAGGAAUUCCUCGAGGAUUUCGAAAAAGAGCUCGACAUUGGAAGCUUGAUUUUUGAGACGAGGAGGAGGCGUCAAGAAGUGAAGUAAAGACGGAGAAGAGUGUGACGUUCGCAGGAAGCAGAUUCGCGAACGGUCGAACGCGCAAGUAACGCAGGCUCGCAAAGUCAAAAGAAAAAGAGAGAGAGAGAGAGAGAGAAAGAGUUCGAUUAAUCGGACGACGAGGUCAAUCGGAGAACGAUGGCAGUGAGCGCUUUCUCGAUGGUAUUGCCUACCACCGAUUUUGCCACUACGUGUCCCAUUACAUCCGGUAUGUCGUAGGAGAAAAAGAAAAAGAGAGAGAGAGAGAGAGAGAGAGAGAGAGAGAGGACCGUACGGUUUUAGCGAGACACUGCUGGCGAAAUGGCGAGCGGUUUUCUUCGGCAAUGCACGAUGUUGUUGGGCUUAAUUGUGAUUUUAAUAGCAGCGCUCUGGACCGAGGCGUCACUUCCGCCUGAAGAUGAAGAUGAGAACGUCCUGCAUAUUGGCGGUAUCUUCCCCAUCGCCGGCGAGGGCGGCUGGCAAGGCGGCCAGGCUUGCAUGCCAGCUGCGCACCUGGCCUUAGAGGACGUUAAUCGCGAGAAGAACUUGUUACGCGGAUAUAGACUGCACCUUCAUUCCAACGAUAGCGAGUGCGAACCUGGUCUUGGCGCAUCCGUGAUGUACAACUUACUGUACUUUCCACCCUAUAAAUUAAUGCUGUUAGCCGGUUGCAGCACGGUCUGUACUACAGUCGCUGAAGCAGCCAAGAUGUGGAAUUUAGUAGUGCUUUGUUACGGUGCGUCGUCGCCAGCAUUGUCCGACCGAAAUCGAUUCCCGACCCUCUUCAGGACACAUCCUUCCGCCACCGUACACAACCCCACGAGAAUUAAAUUAUUGCAAAAGUUUGGUUGGUCUCGAGUAGCGAUACUACAGCAAGCCGAAGAAGUGUUCAUAUCGACUGUCGAAGAUCUAGAAGCUCGGUGUAAAGAAGCUGGGAUAGAGAUAGUCACCCGUCAGAGCUUCUUGUCAGAUCCGACGGACGCGGUGAAGAAUUUACGUCGUCAGGACGCGCGAAUAGUAGUCGGAUUAUUCUAUGUGGUCGCUGCGAGGCGAGUACUAUGCGAGCUCUAUCAUCAGAAGUUGUAUGGCAAGACCUACGUGUGGUUUUUCAUUGGCUGGUACGAGGACGACUGGUUCGAAAUUAAUCUGGAGAAAGAGGGUAUCACCUGUACGAAGGAGCAGAUGCGACAAGCAGCGGAGGGGCAUCUGACCACCGAGGCGCUCAUGUGGAAUCAAAACAACGACACGACAAUCAGCGGCAUGACGGCUGAGGACUUUCGAAAGAGAUUGAACAAACAGUUGAAGGAUGACGGUUACGAUAUAGAUAACAAUCGAUAUCCAGAAGGAUAUCAGGAGGCGCCCCUCGCCUAUGACGCGGUCUGGUCCGUCGCGUUAGCGUUUAAUAGAACCAUGGAGAGACUAAACAGAUUGGGAAAAAGCUUGAAGAACUUUACUUAUGAUAACAAAGAGAUUGCCGAUGAGAUAUACGCGGCGGUAAACUCGACCCAGUUUCUCGGUGUUUCCGGAUACGUUGCUUUCAGCUCGCAGGGCGACAGGAUCGCUCUGACGCAGAUCGAGCAAGUGAUCGACGGAAAAUACGUCAAGUUAGGAUAUUAUGAUACACAAAGCGACAAUCUGACAUGGCGAAACGUGGAACGAUGGAUCGGCGGGAAGGUGCCUCAAGACAGAACGAUAAUAAGAACCGUUUUAAGAACGGUGUCACUGCCCUUAUUCAUAAGUAUGGCGACCUUGUCGGUGCUCGGUAUCGCGAUAGCUAUCGGAUUGAUCGUGUUUAACGUCUAUAAUAGACACCGGAGAGUUAUAUAUUCAUCUCAUCCCACCGCCAACACGAUAAUGCUAGUGGGAAUAAUAGGCUGCUUCUUGGCCGUGUUGUGCAUAGGGAUUGACGGUAGGUUCGUGACGCCUUGGCAGUUUUUGAUAAUCUGUCAAGCUAGAGCGUGGACGAUGUCAAUUGGCUUCACUCUUGCAUUCGGCGCUAUGUUUAGUAAAGUUUGGAGAGUCCAUCGACUCUCUACAAAGGCCAAAGCUGAUCAGGGAAAAUCAUUGACGGCUAAACAAAAAGUUUCGUCUAUACAGAAGAAGGUUGAGCCAUGGAAGCUGUACGUUAUGCUGAGCGGAUUGCUGUCGGUGGAUGUCAUUCUUCUCGUCACUUGGCAGAUGGUUGAUCCGUUGCGAAGAAGAAUCGAGACCUUCUUGUUGGAGCUGCCUCCUUACGGAGACGAGGAUGCAAUGAUCAAGCCCGAAUUGGAACACUGCGAGAGCGAGCACAAUAGUUUGUGGCUCGGUUUGAUUUACGGUUACAAAGGCAUUGUUCUAGCUUUCGGACUUUUUCUAUCUUAUGAGACGAGAAGCAUCAAAAUCAAACUGAUUAACGAUUCCAGAUACGUGGGCAUGUCAAUAUAUAAUAUCGUAGUUCUAUGUCUCAUAACGGUACCCGUGGUAAUGGUCAUCUCUAGUCAACAGGACGCGAGUUAUGCUUUCUCGGCGCUAGCUACUAUCUUUUGUUGCUUCCUCAGCAUGGCGCUCAUUUUUGUGCCGAAAGUAAUCGAGGUGAUUAGGCAUCCUAAAGACAAGUCCGAGUCGAGAUAUAAUCCAGAUGGCGCGGUAUCCAAGGAGGAAGAAGAAAAGUAUCAGAAACUACUCAACGAAAACGAUGAGCUUCAAAAACUUAUUGCCGCAAAGGAGGAAAAAAUUCAAGCCAUUAAGCAGAAGCUAGCUGAACGCGAUGCUCUAAAGGGCACAACGAGUCGCUGCAGGCAAGGUCAACCCAAACAAUCCUUCAUCGUUACCGACUAUCCAACAGGCGAAGGGACAUCGGACAGCGCUAUCGGCACGCAACACGUCGCCGAAAUGUACGAACUGCACCGACUAUGAUGCCAAAGCAAUAUACACACAAACAAGCGCUACGCUUGCGACAAAACUUUCUUCUAAAACUAGUAUUAAAUCUACGUGCACGGUCAAUAUGCGAAUUAUAUAUAUAUAUAUAUAUAUAUAUAUAUAUAUAUAUAUAUAUAUAUAUAUAUAUACAUGAAAAAUGAAUCUCGGAUAAAAAAAAUCGCCAAAAGCGAAGGAUGCACGAGAUGUGAUUUCGCGACGAUGAGAAACGAUUGUCACGUACCUAAAGUGUAAGUUAGUUUAUAGCGCGUGUGGAAUUGUUUUAUAUGUUUCGAUACGGUAUAAAUACACGAUUCGAUUGCGCCUUAGAGAGAAAAAAUCGAGAAGAGGAAAGAGAAAGUAGAAUUACUCCGUAAAAUCUGUCAUCGCGUAUGUAUAUAGACAGACUUUUCAAUCGAGUGUAAUUUCUCGUUUACUGUAUCUACCCACGCGCCCUCCCCCUUUCUUCUGCCCUCCCUAAAUCCAUAUGCAGUAUUUUUUACUGUACUCAUUUGAUCAACUGCCGCGCAAACGGCGCUUUCAAAUCUAGCAUUAUAUAUAUACAUACAUAUAUAUAUAUAUAUAUAUAUAUGUAUGUAUACAUAUAUAUAUAUACAUGUACGAUAAUCCUAUCGAACUGUUGACGAAAGUAUCACACAUAUAUGUACGUUAGAUAUUAUGAAAAGAUAUUUAUUUUUAAGUUUUUGAAUUAUAAAAAUCCGUUAAAAAUAUCGAAGGCUUUAUCUAUUAUUGAUCCUUGAGAUUGUUUAUGAUUAAGAAAAACUCGUGCAACGAUAUAACGCAAACGUUUAUAUAUAUAUAUAUAUAUAUAUAUGAAUACAUAUAUAUAUUAUAUAUAU